GAAGGAGGAGGAGGCGGCGGCGAAAGCGGGCAGGCAGCGCGGACAGCAGCCCCGAGUCGGGCCGGCGUGCCCGUGGGCGUGCUCCCCGGCGGGGAGGACCGCCCGCCGCCCACAUCCCCGUCGCCGCCGCCGAUAACUUUGCCUCUCUGCAAAAAGCCGCCCUCCGGCAGCCAGAGUCGGCGGGGCACCGAGCCGCCCGCCGCAAUGAAGGGCCGGCGGCGGUGGCGGGGCGAACACCGUCGCUUCGCCGCGGUGCUGGUGCUGUACACACUGCUGCUGCUCCUGCUGGUGCCCUACGCGCUGGACUACGGGGCCAGGCGCGGGCGGGCGGACGAGGAGCCGCUGCUGCGGCGCUGCCCCAGCCUGGAGGAGGCGCUGAGCGAGUGGGGCUGGGAACAGCGGCCGCCGCUGGACGAGGAAGAGGAGGAGGAAGAUGAGGCGGGCACGGCCGGGGCGGCGGGGAACGGCAGCACCGGGGCGGUGGAGAAGCGGCACAUUUACCUGCACGCUACCUGGCGCACGGGCUCCUCCUUCCUAGGGGAGCUCUUCAACCAGCACCCCGACGUUUUCUACCUCUACGAGCCCAUGUGGCACCUGUGGCAGGCACUCUACCCCGGGGACGCGCUGAGCCUGCAGGGCGCCCUCCGAGACAUGCUGCGCGCCCUCUUCCGAUGCGACUUCUCCGUCCUGCGCCUCUACGCCGCCCCGCCCGCCCCCCGCGACCCGCUGGCCCCCGCCCCGCCCGCCGCCGACAACCUCACCACGGCCAGCAUCUUCGGCUGGCGGACCAACAAGGUGAUCUGCUCGCCGCCGCUCUGCCCCGCCGCCCCGCGGCCCCGCGGGGAGAUCGGCCUCGUCGACGGCGCCGCCUGCGAGGAGAAGUGCCCGCCGCGGGCGCUGCGGGAGCUGGAGGCCGAGUGCCGCAAGUACCCGGUGGUGGUCAUCAAGGACGUGCGGCUGCUGGAGCUGGGCGCGCUGCUGCCGCUGCUGCGGGAGCCGGGCCUCAACCUGCGGGUGGUGCAGCUUUUCCGCGACCCCCGCGCCGUCCACAACUCCCGCCUGAAGGCGCGGCAGGCGCUGCUGCGGGAGAGCGUCCAGGUGCUGCGGAGCCGCCACCGCGCCGAGCCGCGGGGGUCGCCCCGCCACCAGCAGCAGCAUCUCCUGCUGCCGCCCGGGCUGCUGGGCGGCGGGCGGGCGUCGCAGCCGCAGCACCGCGCCGAGUUUUUCCUCGGCGGCGCGCUGGAGGUGAUCUGCCAGGCUUGGCUCCGCGACCUGCUCCUGGCCCGCCGCGCCCCGGGCUGGCUCCGCCGCCGCUACACUCAGCUGCGCUACGAGGACCUGGUGCGAGAGCCCCGCGCCGAGCUGCGCCGCCUGCUGCGCUUCGCCGGGCUCACGGUGCCGCCCGCCCUGGAGGACUUCGUGCUCAACAUGACCCGCGGAGCCGCCUACUCCUCCGACCGACCCUUCCUCAUCUCCGCCCGGGACGCGCGGGAGGCCGUGCACGCCUGGCGGGAGCGCCUCAGCCGCCAGCAGGUGCGGCAGGUGGAGGCGGCGUGCGGCGAGGCCAUGAGCAUCCUCGCCUACCCCCUCAGCGGCGGCGACGCCCGGUAGCGCCCUCGCUCCGCGUCCCGGACGGGCCCGAGGGCAGGCGGGUGCUGUCGGGCAGAGCUGAGCGCGGGGGUUCACUGCUGGCACGGUGGGCGCUCCCUGGGGGCAGCCCCGGCUGAGGGACACCUGCCUCGCCUCGGGUGCAGGCAGCGCGGCAGGGUCCAGGCCCUCCGUCCCGCUGUAGCUUCAGUGGGGCUGUGCAGGGCAAGGGGGGAUGAUUUAUUUAAGAGAAAGGUUUGGUUUUGGUGCCUCCGAGUACGGCAUCAGUCUUGGAGCCAUUUCAACUUGAAGCUGUGAUCGUGUACAAAGCACAGAUGUGCUUCCAAAAAAAAACUGCAUCAAAACUUAAAAAUCCCCCAAAUGAAGACUCUCAGCGAGGAACUAAUAGGGCCUAGAGGGUGCUGCUGUGAGAGCAUUGCCCUCCCUGAGCGCUGAAGCACUCUCGGCUCUGUCCUUCCGCUAUUGAAACACGUACCAAGAGGCUUCUGUGAAGUCGCUGCAGGGGUCAGUGGAGGCCUGGGCGGGCAGGACGGUGCCUGCUUAGGGCAGGACUUGGGGGUCUUCUGCUCCCAACCUGCUCUGCGGGGACGGUCUCUGCCCCUGCGGGUUGCUGAUGCUGUGGGGAGGGGGCGCUUGCUGAGGGACAGGGAACCGUGUCCAACUCUGUCCAGCAUUCUGAGCAGCAGGGUAACCGGCUGUGCAGAGAGGGUGAGCAUUCUCCUGCUUACAUGUUUCAAAGAUGUUUGUGGCAGAAAUCUUUCCUUUUCCAAAGCAAUCUGUAAUUCUUUUGAAAGUAGGAUAUUUUUUAAUAUGUACUGAUACAGUUUGGUGAUACUUAUGUGAGAUACAAGUGACUAAUAUAUUUCUUUGGGACAUGUGUAGGGUGACUGUAACUGGAAAACAAAUGCUUCGUAUUUCCAUUUUGUUUUCUCAGUCAGAGGAGAGAAUCACUUUUCUUCCCUUGCUUCCGGGCUGACAUAUUGUGCCGUGUACAGGUUCCUCCUGGUCACAUCCCUUCUGAACAAUAACAUCCUCUCAGCUGGCAACGCCUGGACAAAAGCAAAUGUUUCCUAAGAGGCAAAGACAAACCAAUCAUGAAGUUCCCAAAUAAAACCCUGUAUUAAAAAGGGAAAAAAGAAAACCCUCAAGUUUUAGUUUUAUUUUAGAUUUUAAAAUUACAUUUUCCUGCAAAUAUCCUGCAACUUGUAUGAGAAGGGUGUGCAUGUGUGUGUAUCUGUGAGUACCUUUGUUUCUUAAUUUCUUAAUGUGGUUAGAAGGUUCAGUUGUAAUUUAGGGAUGAUGUUUCCUAACUUCAUAGAGGCUGCUUUUGAGUCCAUUAGAGUCUGUCAGUGUUUAAACAGCCCCACGAGAGUGUACAGGAUUAUAGGGAUGUUUACAUGCAGUCCUCAAAUACAACCCGAGAACAUGAACUUCAAAUUGAGGAUAAUCCAGGAUCAGGAAAGAAGCAGCAUUUAUAUAAAGUGCUGGAAAUAAAGGCAGUUCAAAGAUGUUAUGUUAUCUCGGAGUAAACAUUUCAACUGUGUUGUAGGUUUUUGUGCUGAGUGUUGUGCUGUAAAGCAUGUCCGUAGUUAGGAUGAACGUUUAUUUUAGCUCCUUUUCUUUCCUGACCUUCCCACCUGAGAGUAUGUUGGCACAAGAAGCAGGUUUCUUUCAUUUUAUAACGGGAAAAUGUACUCAUAAAAAUGUGUUUGAGCAAAUCUGUCCAUUUUCCAGUAGCGUGCUUCAUAUGAUUCUGCAUCCUGCGGUUUCUGUUUGAAGUAAAAAUUACAGGGGCUCAUUGUGUGCUGGAACAACCUUAUGUAUUAUCUAAGGAAUAUUUCUAUAUUUUCUCACAGUGCCUGUGACACCAAAUUUGUCUCUGGCUGUUCUAGUGGCAUUUAGUAAUGGUAUUUGUGUAGAUGGACAAUACUUGUAUUAAUGCCUUGAUAACCUGUGUCAGGUAACCUAUUUUGGAAAGCUUUUCUGAGACUACACCCAGCCUGGCCUGUACUGACAGGUUUGGGAAAAAAAUAAGAUUUUCAUGCAUGCCAAAAGAUGAUACGGUACUUAUUUUCUUACAUUAGAUGGGAGAUUAAAAUCCAGUAUAUCUUGUUGAUUUGUUCUUAGCUAGUUGCAGUCACAGAAUUGUAUGAUGCAACUAUUAAACAUUUGCUUCACCUCAGCAGGGAAUCUCAUCUCGCUGUUUCGGGUGGUAAAUGUCUUUCAUACACUUAGUUUCACUUACAAUCAUUCAUCGUGAUAAAGAAAGAAGUGUGGCCAUCUAGCUUAACUUGAUUCUUAUAGCUGGAAAGAAAUCCACUAAUUAUUCAGUACUUUCUGAAGCAGUUUCCAUAUUUGAACUAUGAAGAUGGUGAAGAGUCUAGAGGGGAAGCCACAUGAGGAGUGUCUGAGGCCACUUGGUUUGAUCAGCCUGGAGAAGAAGAGACUGAGGGGAGACCUCAUAGCAGCUUAUCUCUUCCCUCACCAGGGGAAGAAGAGGGGCAGAGACUGAUCUCUUCUCUGUGGUGACAAGUUAAAUGACAUGAAGGAACAACAUGAAGCUGUGUCAUGGGGGGGGUUAGGUUGGAUAUUAGGAAAAGGUUUUUACCCAGAGAGUGGUUGGGCACUGGAACAGGCUCCCCAGGGAAGUGGUCACAGCACCAAGCCUGACAAAGUUCAAGAAGUAUUUGGACAAUGCUCUCAGGUACACGGUGUGACUCUUGGGGAUGGUCCUGUGAAGGGCCAGGAGUUGGACUCGGAUGAUCCUUGUGGGUCCCUUCCAACUCAGGGUAUUCUAUGAUUCUAUGAUAGAUGCAUUUUCUGUAUCAAAAAUUAUUUCUAUCAACAAAUGUUGUUCACUAGCACAAUUGCUCUUUAAUAGUGAUUAAUAUUUUCUUUCACCCCAAGCUGUUCUUGUAAGGUUGUUUUUUCUUAAUUUUUGUAUAGUGCAAAAAGGGCUCUGUUGGGCAAAGUGUACAAAAUAUGGCAAGUGCAAUUUGUGGUUUGUAUUCAGGGCAUCUGAGUUCAUUAGAAAACUCCUCUAAAAAAUCCACAGGGGAUAUCCGAAGCUGAAAAAGGAGUGAGUAGCCCAGAGUGGCAUCUUAGAGUAGUAUCUGCAAGAGUAUAUAAGGCUGGAUGACAAUUAAGCGCUUAAUGACUGAUGGUGCGAUGUGUGCUUCGGUCACUAGAAGGCUUUCUAAAAUUCUUCUACCCAAGGAGGACAGCUAGGGCUCACCAAAAAAAUGCAUCCCAUUUUACUCUUCAGGGUGUUUUGAUGGCAUUAGAAAACAUCAUUCAGGAUGCUUACAGCAUAUACUUGUUGGUCCUGAAACUCAGACCUUGAGGGAAAAACAAAUGUAUUGUCAAAUAUCAGUGUUGGUACUUACCUGAAAAGACAGAAAAGAUCUGAUUAGGAUGACCAGCAUGAAGUUUCACUAGCAGAGGUCUUUGGAAGUAAGUAGAACUUGCUGAAAGCAAGACACUCGUGGUUAGACUGCAUUUUGAGAACAGCUAGACAUUUAUGGCUUGGCCAUUUUGAAGUAAAAUCACGCUUCUACUAAAUGAUGUAGGAAACGGAACUCUAAUUCUUUCUUAGAGCAGAGGAUGGCAUGGUAAGCAAGGGAAGAACAGUAAACACAUUUUUAUAGCCAGUCUGAACUUGGCAAACUUAGAGGGCAGGACUUUGCCAUAGAGUUGUAGUAGUUCAGACUGAGAUUUGUGAAAAUUACCUACUUAUGCUACAUUACAUAUAAUGGAUUAACAACUUUAAGGCAUUAAAAAGUCAUUGUAGGAAAUGGGUGCAAAACUGACAACUCCUCACAAGACUUAUUUCUGUCAUGUUUUUACUUCUAGUUGUCGCAUAUCUACCUUAAGAGAGGUAGAAACUUGAGUACUGUAAUUAUUCAUAAAAGGCUGUAAUAUUUCCACACUGGAAUUGUUAAUUGCUCUUUUACAACAUCAUCUGUUAUUUAAAUUGUUUCUUUCAAGGAGGCAAACUAUACUGACAUACUUGUGGGAAGUGCUGAAAGUCCAGGGCCAAGAAAUACUUGGCCUCUGCCUUAAUUUUACUCCUUAGAACAUUACUGAUGGAGUCCUUGUAGAUAUCCACAGUACAUACUUGCAUACUUCAGAUGCAAUAGAAAUAGUUUAGUAUCAGUUGCAGUAUUUAACAGAGGUGUUAGAUGGUUGUGGAGUUACUUAUUUAACAAUUUCAGUAUUGCAUGGGUCAUUUUACCCCCCAUCCCCCCCAUCAGCUUGUGCAUCAAGAAAAGUCCCGAGUUUCUGCAUUAAGUUCUCAAUAUCACCACUUUCAGUAAAGACCAAUGAUAAGAAAUACGUGCAGAGUUUCUGGGUUUAUUAUGGUAAUGCAAAUAAACAACUAAAGCCCUGAGAGCCAGCAAGCCCAACAGCGUGUUCUGUUCCUUUCUUGAACACAAAGAGCUGUCACUGAGACUCUCUGAUGGUGCAUGUCAUUUUUCAGAGUCACCAUACAGUCUGUGCAGCACUGGGACUACCUUAGGUGUUACUUUACCAUUCCUGUUUAACUUGACACGACACCUCCUGCCAUGGAGAAUGAUACAGGAAAAGUACAAUUGUCAAACCUUGCACUAGCAGUUUUUAACACCCAAUUGGUGGAGCGUGUGUGAGGGGAGAAGGUCCAGAUUGUCCUUGGCCGUAAUUUAAAGAGAUGAAUGUUAGAUCCUAACUCGUUGAGGUGGUGGGUUUCAGUGAUGAAGGGACCUGUUGUUUGUUGCUGAGGCAUAUUUCUUCUGGCAGUCUUAGCUCUGGACAACAAGCUGGAAGCUGAUUUUAAUGUUUUAGGACUUGGAAUCUGUCUGGGUAUUAAGUACUGGGAAAUUCUUGCUUCCAGCACCGAGGUGUUAAGCUCUGCUGCUAACCUACGGCACCUGCAGCACCAUUUCUUGGUGUUGUUAAGUGGGAAUCCAGGCUUUCCCUGGCACUUCCAAACUUAUUGCCCUAACUGUCCAGCUUCACCUGUACAUAGGCUGAAGCUUUUUGUCAUGGGCUUAAGGUUAAAGGCUCUUUAAGGGAAUUUCAGUUGAAACAGUGCAUAUUCUUUUGGACUUAAGAUGGGUCUAGAAUGUGGUGGCCUUUUGUCUGUUCAAAUACUCCUGAAGAUACUUCUUUCAAAUAAUUUGUCACUUCAGUGCUUUGGGACAGGAACUCCAGUUUGGGUAGGGGAAAUGAUCUCUGUGUAGAGGAUGUCCCCUUUGUUUUGGUUUGGCUUUAUUUUUUUUUUUUUUACCUCUGCCUUCUAUUCUGAUUUGGCCAAAUAUAUUAACGUUUGUAUAAAAUGGAUAGCAUGCGUUCAGUAAAAGUGGUUUUGGUAUGUGUGUAUAUCUUUACUUUAUACCAAAUAAAGUCUGCACUGGUUUUAUCUCCACUGA